AUGAGACCCAAUUUAUUCAAUAGCAUUAAAUUAGGUCUGAAAGGGGCUAGUAACCGUGUUGGUAGUGGUGUUGGACGGCGCUAUUUCCGACUUUUUCCGCAGAAAUCGGUUGAAUUAACGAAAUGGAGCUCAGCAAGGUUACAAUACGGGAACCGAUGGUAUUCUGGGAAAAGAGAUAUGGAGGAGCUGUCUAAGAGCUCAGAUUACAUGCACAUGCAAAAUAUCUUGCUACAAAAGAACCAAGAGCAUCUUACGAAGCAAAAACUGCUUUCAGAAGCAACGAAUUUUUACGAGCGAUUCAAAAUUAAUACGAAAUGGAUUCUUAUACGUGGGAAUCGGCCCUUUAGCACGGACGAAAUUAGCACGAUUUUCUCGUGGUUGAUCAUUUCUCAGAUUUUGUGGAUCGUGCUGGGCACUACGACGUUUGUGUCACUGGUGUUGUUUACUUUCAACACGGUUUUCGCUAAGGAAAUGGUUGGCAAGUUUGUGGGCAGGUCUCUCAAUUCGUUUAUCGACGGGUGCGAUUUCCGGUUCCAGGACGCGUUGGUGCCCGAAUGGAAGAAACGGUGCAUCAGUUUCAAAAGAGUCGAAGUGCGGACCGCGGACGAAGGUGCCCCAGAGCAAAUCGAGUUUUCGCUUCAGUUCAAUCAGGUGGAUAUCACGCUUUCGCUCCGGAAAUGGCUCUCUGGCCACGGACUGAUAGACGACAUUUCGGUGUAUGGAAUGAAAGGUGACGUGACGGUCAAGAGUCGCCACGAACUCAGCGAGCCUUUGAUCGCGUGGUUUUCAAGCCCGCAAACGCAUCUUGGCAAAGUGGAAGUGAGGGACAGCUGCAUCAAUUUACGGGAUGAGGCGCUGGAACAGGACUACCGCAUCUCAAUCUACAAUAUGGAAUUGCCCCAACUGAGAUUUGAAUGGUUGCUGAUGGACGUUUUCAACGCGGACAUCAUUUCUGGAGCGAUUAAUCAUUCGCUCUUCAGCAUACACAAACGUCAGCAUAAACUCGCAUAUUUACGUGGGUCCAAGAAAGAUUUAGCGCCCUGGAGGCGUAUCACGCGGUUGCGGCUGGAUAGCAUCCUGAUCAGAGAUCUUGGCCUUCACAAGACGGCGGCAUUCAAUUGGGUAGACGAUGGGAAAGUAGAUAUUGUUGCGGACCUCAUGCUUCCUGCGACCGAAGAAGACACUGGGAUCGAAGACGAUGAGGACAGUAACAAGUAUGUCGUUAUGGACUUGAAGUUUGUGUUCAAGGACCUAAAGGCAACUUUACCUACUAAGGAGCCACGUCUUUCGAACGGUGAUACAAUCAUGAAACUCGACGAAAUCAAGCCAUUAGUAGCAUAUGUGAAUACGCAACGUGGGAUAUUUCACUCUCUUAAUAACAUCGAAAAUUCGAACAGCGCAUGGAAUAAUCUUUCGAACGUUUCCAUCAAUAAGAGAAAGUCAUUCCCAGAAAUCACGGUCAUCCCAUCUGGACUGAAAUGGCCUGAUUACGAAGAUAAUACCCAAUCAGCUCAAGAAAUUAUCAAAUAUCAUGAUUCGCCCGUUCACAACAACAACGAAAUAGUUUUGCGAUCGCGUAUUGUCAAAAACGUUGACGAUCUCAAGAACUUGAUGCUGUUUCGGGAGACAGGCAUUUACGACACUCUCAGCAUGGAACUAUACGUCGAUCUCAUGAAAAUGGUGGAAGAAUGGGAGCAUAAAAAGAGAAACGACUGGUUCAAAGUGUGGGGUACCACAUUUGCGUCUCAGCUCAUGAUAUUGGGACUCACAACAAUGGUUUAA